UUCUCGCAAUUAAUUUUACACACUUGUAUUGCACGAUAUCUGUGAUUAACUUGAUCGCUAAUUUCUCGAUUUCCUCUUGUACAAUUGGUUUGUUAAGAAUUAAACCGUGUACAGUACGUGUUAAAUAAAAUUUUGAGAACAUCAUGCGCGCUAGCGUAGCGCAUGGAAAAAUUGGGUCGAUGUGCGAAAGAUGGCGGCCACUGCGUGGUGUGUGUAAAAAAGAUUUGUGCAUAGAUUUUGUCUGUAGCUUUUAUCAAAACAUGACAAGAUAUGGAAAAGCCUAUUUGCACGUGCACGACGCUACUAUACGCGGAAGGUUCGUAAUGUUGAUGAAUAUUCAGAUUCCAUGUUUCGUAUUCGCGUAAAAGACGUUUGUUUACGAUAAAGUUUGUAUAAUACUUCAACGUGAAGUGGAGUGUUGCAAGGGAAAAAGAUACUUUAACAUAGACGAGACUGGAGAUCAAGUGUUGCCGGACUUCGGCCCGGUAAGAAGAUCAGUAGAGAUGCUGAAGCAAUUGCAGAUGAGGAUGAGAACUUUCCUCUCGAUAGCUUCCCGAGUGUGGACAUGCGUUUUCUUUCUCCUUAAGAAGCAGGUUAGAGCCAUAUCACAAAUGCAACCUGUUAAGUAUGAGAUCUUUCCAUUAUCUCCAUUGUCAAGGCAUAGGCUUAGUAUAGUUAAAAGAAAAAUAUUAGUAUUGGAUUUAGAUGAAACAUUAAUUCACUCCCAUCAUGAUGGAGUGGCAAGACCAACAGUUAGAUUUGGUACACCACCAGAUUUUACUCUUAAGGUGAAGAUAGAUAGACAUCCAGUCAGAUUUUUUGUUCACAAAAGACCACAUGUAGAUUUCUUUUUAGAUAUUGUUAGUCAAUGGUAUGAACUAGUGGUCUUCACUGCUUCCAUGGAAAUUUAUGGAGCAGCUGUUGCAGAAAAGUUAGAUAACAACAGGGGUAUUCUAAGAAGAAGGUACUAUAGACAACAUUGUACACCAGAAAUGGGUUCCUAUACUAAAGAUCUAUCUGCAAUUUCUUCAGACCUAGCAUCAGUCUUUAUACUUGAUAAUAGUCCUGGAGCCUAUAGAGCUUAUCCUCAUAACGCAAUACCAAUAAAGUCAUGGUUUAGCGACGCGGGAGAUACUGCUCUGUUAAGUUUACUUCCAGUUUUGGAUGCACUUCGUUUUACACAGGACGUGCGGUCCGUUCUUUCAAGGAAUUUACAUUUACAUCAUACUUGGUAGCAUAGUUUGGAUUAAGUAAUAAAUUAGAUUUAUUAGAGAUCGAGCUGCAAAACGUUUAGCGUGUUUAAUCUAGGAUUAUUGUUAUUGAUAAUAGACGUUAGGAUGCUGACUAAAUGACGAGACAAUGAUCCUCUGACCCUGUCCUCAUUUUCUACGUUCGUUAGAAAACAGAACCGUAGCAA